UUUAUGUAUGUAGAUUAAUUAUUGUCAAAAUAUUAACUUUUCGUGAUUGUAUUUUCAGGUGAAGCACAUGGAGUGAAUGCAGUGAUGUAAAGUCAAAUAGAUAAAUGGAAUUAUAAUAAUUGUUUGUAAAUGCUAGUGAUAUUGUUUGUAAAUGCUACUAAUAUUUUUUUCUUACUUCUGUUGAUUUUACAUAAUGUUUUGUCUUGGAUGAAGAUACUGAGGCUGAUUAUUUCAAGAUACUAAGAUGGUACAGCAAGAAACUGAAGUAGUAAAUAGACCAAUGGUACGUCUACACAAGGGUCAGACAGCGAAGACAGAGGGGAAGGGUAAAUGGUGGACAGCCAAGGUGGAUGAAGUGGAUGCGAGGCUUGUGCUGAUGUUUUUCCCGUAUGAUAAACGUAGUGAAUGGAUGAUAUACAGGGGAUCCACAAGAUUAGAAUCUCUUUAUACCGCACUGAUUCACCAGCUAAAGCAGAUAAGAAGAAGUCUGUAGCUAAGAAGAGUACAACACAGGGGUCAACACUAAACACUGGUCAGAUAUGGGAGGCUCCAUGGAUCAAAAUAAAGAAAGAUAAAGGCGGGGCUGAGGAUAAGAAACCCUUCCUGAAAGUGCAGUCUCAAGAUAAGUUUACAACAUCUACUAUAUGUAGUGGUGGUAAUACUAGUAAGAACAGUAAAUAUAUGACAACAGUAUUACAAGAACGACUUGCUCCAUCAGAAGAUGCUGGAACUGUUGUGAAACAUGUAUGUAGCAGAAAAUGUUUGAAUAACAAAAAUGAUGAUCCCAAAAAAUUGAAGGGGAAUAAUCCAUUACUUAUACCACUGUUUUAUGGAUGGGAAAGGCAUGUAGCAAAGACAAAGCCAUAUGGAAGACGGGUUGUGUUUUAUUGUGCACCAUGUGGGAGAAGUUUAUGUAAUCUAGAUGAGGGGAUUCAUUCCUUGAAAUUACGAAGAGUGGUCUAUGUAUGGACAAUUCUUGUUGUGAUGCAGAACUGUAUGUACAUCAUGAAUUUAUUCCUGUCAAAGUCAGAACUUCCUACUCUUACCUUUAUUAUUAUCACUUUGUCAAGGUCAGAACUUCCUACUCUUACCUGCACAUCAUAG